AUGAGUAGUGAUUUCUACGUGCGUUAUUAUUCGGGUCACUAUGGCCGAUUUGGACAUGAGUUUUUGGAGUUUGAUUACCACAGCGAUGGACUUGCCCGUUACGCCAACAAUUCGAAUUAUAGAAACGAUUCGCUGAUUCGAAAAGAGAUGUACGUUAGUCCUUUAGUGUUGAAAGAAGUCCAAGCAAUUGUGGAAGAAAGUGAUAUUAUUAAAGAAUCUGAUGAGCAAUGGCCUAGGAAAAACAAGGAUGGGAAACAGGAAUUAGAAAUCCGAAUGAACGGACAGCAUAUUAUGUUUGAGACUAGUAAACUGGGUAGUUUGGCGGAUGUUCAAAAUAGCGAAGACCCUGAAGGUUUGCGAGUAUUUUACUAUUUAAUUCAAGAUCUCAAAGCUUUGUGUUUCAGCUUAAUUUCUCUCAAUUUCAAGCUGCGACCAGUGAAAACAUAG